AUGAAUUCCCUUAGCUGUGCAGCCUCAGAUCUCCUCCCCUUACUAGGCAACAGCCCAAACGCCACCGCGGCGGCAGACUUCAUUUGCAACCGCUUCACGGCGGUUUCCACCCAGCUCUCCGUUGCCACAUAUGCCAUUGACAACACAUACUUGCUCUUUUCUGCAUACUUAGUUUUUGCCAUGCAACUAGGUUUUGCUAUGCUGUGUGCUGGUUCUGUACGUGCCAAGAACACCAUGAACAUUAUGUUGACCAAUGUUCUUGAUGCUGCCGCCGGUGGCCUCUCCUACUACCUUUUUGGCUUUGCUUUUGCAUUUGGCGCGCCAUCGAAUGGAUUCAUCGGCCGUCAUUUUUUUGGACUCAAGGAAUUUCCCGCGGCGUCGUUUGAUUACAGCUAUUUUCUGUAUCAGUGGGCUUUUGCCAUCGCCGCUGCAGGUAUUACUAGCGGGUCCAUAGCAGAAAGGACGCAAUUUGUGGCAUACUUGAUAUACUCCUCAUUCUUGACAGGCUUUGUGUACCCUAUAGUGUCACACUGGUUCUGGUCGGGGGACGGUUGGGCUAGCGCGGCUAAAUCCGAUAACAACCUUCUUUUUGGGUCCGGUGUCAUCGAUUUUGCUGGUUCAGGUGUGGUGCAUAUGGUUGGUGGUAUUGCUGGUCUAUGGGGAGCUUUUAUUGAAGGACCGAGAAUUGGUCGGUUCGAUCGGAGUGGUCGGUCCGUGGCGUUGCGUGGCCACAGUGCUUCUCUAGUAGUCUUGGGCAGUUUCUUGCUAUGGUUUGGGUGGUAUGGUUUUAAUCCUGGUUCUUUUUUGACAAUCUCGAAAUCAUAUGGUACCAAGGGGACUUAUUAUGGCCAAUGGAGUGCGAUAGGGAGGACAGCUGUCACCACGACAUUAGCCGGGAGCACGGCUGCACUAACGACAUUGUUUGGGAAGAGACUUUUGGUUGGCCAUUGGACUGUAACCGAUGUAUGUAACGGUUUAUUGGGAGGAUUUGCUGCAAUUACCUCAGGAUGUUCAGUGGUUGAACCAUGGGCAGCCAUCGUAUGUGGUUUUAUCGCAGCUUGCGUUUUAAUAGGUUUCAACAAGUUGGCUGAAAAAUUGAAAUUCGACGAUCCACUAGAGGCAGCACAACUCCACGGAGGAUGUGGUGCGUGGGGUGUAUUAUUCACCGGAUUAUUCGCAAAAAAGGAGUAUGUGAACGAGGUUUACCCCGGACGGCCGGGUAGACCAUACGGGUUGUUCAUGGGUGGUGGUGGGAAGCUUUUGGGUGCCCAAAUCAUCCAAAUUCUGGUGAUUCUUGGGUGGGUCACGGUCACCAUGGCUCCGCUUUUCUAUGCAUUACACAAAUUGAAUCUACUAAGGAUUUCAAGUGAAGAUGAAAUGGCUGGAAUGGAUUUGACAAGGCAUGGUGGAUUUGCUUAUGUGUAUGAUGAUGAAGAUGAAAAAUCGAAUUUGCCUCAAUUCAAGAUGACUCGAAUCGAACCCACAAACACUCCUACGCCUGAUCGCCAGUCCAACACUAUCGUGUAG